AUGCCGCGCAGGAGUAAAUGGAUGCAUUUGGUGGCCGGCGUGGUCGCCGGUGUGACACUCGGUGUGUUCUUAAAAUUGUGCUUAAGACCUUCUUCAAGGACGUCAAUUGAAGCCUGUCCGGAAGCUAAAAUGUAUGUAGCACCGGACGCUCUAUCUAUCAUAGAUUUGAAGGCUGACGAAACAAUUUCCAAUUCUAAUAGAACUUUAGUGUUUGUUGGUGUUAUGACGGCUGAACAAUAUCUGACUACCAGGGCUAAAGCAGUAUACGACACUUGGGCACAGGAGUUACCUGGGCGUAUUGCGUUUUUUAGUUCGGAAGUGUCCAAAGCGCCUGGAUUGCCACUAAUUCCGCUGCGUAACGUAGACGAUAGCUAUCCUCCUCAAAAGAAAUCCUUUUUAAUGUUGUUAUAUAUGUACGAGCAUUAUGGCGACAGGUUUGAGUGGUUCAUGCGUGCGGAUGACGAUGUUUACGUUAGAGGUGAUAAAUUGGAGGAGUUUUUACGUUCAGUGGAUAGUAGAAAGCCCCAGUUCAUCGGUCAGGCGGGCAGAGGCACGACCUCUGAGAGGGACGCUUUAGCCUUGGAUUACAACGAAAACUUUUGUAUGGGAGGGCCGGGAGUUCUUUUAUCUCGAGAAACUCUGCGGAGAGUGGCCCCUCAUGUCAAGUACUGUUUGAAGCACCUAUACACGACGCACGAGGACGUUGAGUUAGGGCGAUGUGUUGCCAAAUUCGCUGGCGUUUCCUGCACCUGGAGUUAUGAUGUAAGUUUUAAACUU